AUGUUCUCACCAGGAAACUUGAGAACCACGUUUGACAACUCUGAAUACAGCAAGUUGAUUGAUUACUACGUGAAAGAGAAGUACACACUGCGAUACACAGGAGGAAUGGUUCCUGAUGUUAACCAGAUUAUAGCAAAGUUAAGGCUGUUGUUUGAAGUGGCUCCUCUUGGCCUGCUCAUUGAGAAUGCUGGUGGGUUCAGCAGUGAUGGAUACACCUCUGUGCUCGACAAGACCAUCGUCAACCUCGAAGACAGAAUUCAGGUUGCUUAUGGUUCAAAGAACGAGAUUAUCCGUUUCGAAGAAACCCUUUACGGAACUUCAAGACUCAAGAAUGUUCCCAUUGGAGUUACUGCUUAG